AUGAACGGGACGGGCCGGGCGGACGGGAGCGCCGGGGAAGCGCUGCCGGCCGGGGCUCGCCCGCUGGUCAGCGCCCUCAUGUUCUCGGCCGGGCUGCUGGGGAACCUGCUGGCGCUGGCGCUGCUGCUGCGGGGCCGCCGCGGGGCUCGGCAGCGCCCGCCCGCGCUGUUCCACGUCCUGGUGCUGGCGCUGGUGGUCACCGACCUGCUGGGCACCUGCUCCGUCAGCCCCUUGGUGCUGGCCUCCUACCACCGAAACCUCACCCUGACCAGCCUGGCCCGCGGAGGGCACAUCUGCCUCUACUUCGGCUUCGCCAUGAGCUUCUUCGGCCUCGCCACCAUGCUCAUCCUCUUCACCAUGGCGCUGGAGCGCUGCCUGGCCCUGGGGCGCCCCUACUUCUACGAGCGCUUCCUGAGCCCCCGCACGGGCUUGGUGGCCCUGCCGGCCAUCUACACCUUCUCGGCCGCCCUGUGCUCGCUGCCGCUGCUGGGCUUCGGGCGCUACGUGCAGUACUGCCCCGGCACCUGGUGCUUCAUCCAGAUGCACCUGGAGCCGCACCGCGGGCUGGACGUGGCCUUCUCGCUGCUGUAUGCCACGCUGCUGCUGCUGCUGAUCGUGGCCGUGCUGCUGUGCAACCUGAGCGUGAUGGCCAACCUGGCCCGCAUGCACCGCCGCGGGCAGAGGAGCCGCAGGGUGGCCGCCCCCGAGCAGCCCCGAGGGGCCGCGGGCUGCGGGCGGAGAAUGUUCUCCAUGGCCGAGGAGAUCGACCACCUGCUGCUGCUCUCCAUCAUGACCAUCACCUUCGUCAUCUGCUCCCUGCCCUUCACGAUCCGCGCCUACGUGAACAAGCUCAGCGAGGCGGAGGGUGACCACGGCUGGGACCUGCUGGCCCUGCGUUUCCUGUCCAUCAACCCCAUCGUGGACCCGUGGGUGUUUGCCAUCCUGCGGCCGCCCGUGCUGCGCCUCAUGCGCUCCGUGCUCUGCUGCCAGCUCAGCCCCGCGGCCCCCGCCGUGUCCCCUGCUGUCACAAAGCUGCCAGCACGGCCACACCUCUGUGGGCAGUAG